AUGCUGUUGAGGAAACCACCGUCUCGCCUCCAGAACUUCAAGCUCAUAAUGAGACACGCCAACAAUCCCGGUCUGCCACUACCAGAUCUUAACCACAAUGCAUCUCCAUCUGCGCGACAGCCAUCUCUUCAUCUUCAAUAUGGCACUGUCCCGACGCCCCCGAGGCGUGAAUCAGGAGGAACACCUAAAGCUCAGUCAUCGUCAUCCCGCUUCGUAGGAGAUCUCAACCCAGAGGGCAUGUUUAUGGAAGCAACUGGUUCAGCAUCUAUCCGAGAAACUUCACAAAAGGGCGACGUGGGCAUAUGGCUCUCAUCGACCACCACCACUAACAGCGGAUCCCAGGGCCAGGCCGGCUCAUCGUCACAGUUCAUCACGUCAAGACCGCCGCCUAUAAUGGACCAGUUUUUACUCCCGUUUGUUAGGGAACACUGUCUGCCCUGUUUACCGCCCGAGCACGACUUUCGCAAGUUGAGACGUUUGUAUCUUGACAGGAUUCACCCCAUUCUACCCAUCAUUCCUGAAUCAAGCUUGGACGUCGUCGCACCCUUAGAUGACGACCCUACCACCAUUGUUCUGCGCCAACUGGUCUGUCUGGCUGCUUCCACAGACCCAUCCAUGUCGUCGCAUCUUCGUCUACAAAACCGCGGCGACGAGCUCUUGACAUGCCAGGAGUUCAUCCAGUCCCUCUCAUCCGCUGUGCGCGCCAUUCUAGAAACGAGCAUCAUCACCGACAGGGUUCUUCACAUAAGAGCGCUUGUCAUGCUCUCGCUGUACACCCAGCCCAGCAGUUCCGAAGAAGCUGAUCUCCCAGCUCAACUUGGUGGUCGCGCAAUCCACCACAUUCAGACCCUCGGUCUUCACCUUCUCAAGUAUGAUGCGCCUAACUGUGAAGAACUAGAGACUUUGUUUUGUGCGGUUUGGGCAGUUGAUCGGAUUAAUGCUGCUGCUUAUGGACGACCCUGCUUGAUGCACGAGAGAGACAUUGGCGCCAAUCUUGACGGAUGCAUCAAGAAAAGGCCACCCUGUUUCCGACUUUUUCUUUCUGUGAUACAGUGGCUUGAUCAAGUGAUUGAGCUGUAUCGCCCUGGGCCAAGUGCUGAAGCUUCAGGUCUUGAUAAGAUUGCGUACAUCGACCUCCCCGUCCUAGAAGCCAUGAUCGUCAACGCCGACGCCCUCAAAGUCCCAAGCCCACUAAUCGCAACAAUCGAGACCUUUUACCACGCCGUAAUCAUCCUAUCCUGUCGUCUCCCUCGCCCAGGCACACUAACAGCAGCAUCAACACUCCCACCCCCCUCCGCCAACGCCCGUCGCUCCCUCGCAGCCGAGCGAAUCGCCUGCGCCGUCCUUCGCGACCAUCUAAGUCCCAUGCCCAUCGUCCCCUACGCAGUAUGUCUCGCGCUAAGCGUAGAAUACCGCAAGAUGCGUCACAGUCGACUACCCAUGUUCCGCGCCCGCGCCAUGCACGCUUUCCGUCGCAACUGUGAAAUGCUCCGUAAAUUCGGCGACUACUUCUGGAGCGCCAACGUGGUGGCUGGUCUAGGCGAGCGAGUGUUGAAGGAGAUGGAACGCGCUGCCAAUACUCUAACCCGUGAAUCAACACCGCCUACUCACGAGGGAACACCCAAUUCCGUACCCUCAUCUUUCUCACAGCCUAUUCCUCGACCACCCGAGUUUCCUGUCUCUGUACCGGUCGCUAAUCCAACGAUGGUCAACUCUGUCCCUAGCGUGGAACAGCCUGUCGACUUUUCGCUUAUCGAUGCUAUCUCAGGUGCUGAUGUCUUUGGGGCUAUAGACCCUAGCUUCAACCUGAACGCAGUGGAGGAUGCACUCGAGGCCAAUCUGGACAUUGGUCUUCCGAUGAACUGGGUAGACUGGGGACAAUAUGCGACGUUGCCUUGA